AUGGAUGGCAUGUGCCAGUUCUGUCUUUUGGAGCUACAGAGAGGCCAUGAUAAAACGUUUGCAGAUUCAUCCUAUUUUCUGAAUGUUGUAAUCCACAACAUGCUGACCCCAUGUCAUGGAUUUAGUGUGGACACGGAACAACCGGUCAUCUUCCGGGAAAGGGUGAAGAGUUUUGGCUACAGCGUGGUGCAAUUUGGCAGUGGCACAAAUGGCGGGGUGUUAGUAGGUGCUCCACUUCAACAGGGAGGAGUGAAUGAAACAGGGAAUCUGUACAAAUGCCAGGGGACUUCGAGCAAAACAGGCGGAUGCCAGGAGAUGGACCUCCAAAGACCUGCUGAUGCAGUCAACAUGUCUCUUGGUUUAUCUGUUUCGGCCCAUGAUUCUCAAGUGUUGGUGUGUGGACCCAGAGUACACCAAACAUGUGGGGAAUACAUAUAUCUCAAAGGUUAUUGCUUCCUCUUGGACCAGAAUUUGAGGCAAAUCCAGCGCUUUCCUGAUAAACUGCCAGAAUGUGCCAGACGCCCUGCUGACAUCGUUUUUCUGAUUGACGGUUCAGGGAGCAUAAGUACUAGACAAUUCUCACAAAUGAAGACCUUUAUUUCUGAGGUCAUUAAGCGCUUCCAAAAUACAAACACUCAGUUUGGCUUGUCCCAGUAUUCAGGUUCAUAUGAAGAACAUUUUGACUUUCUCCUUUUCAAAACUACCCCAAAUCCGGAUGACUUGAUUAAAACAGUCCGGCAGCUGCAUGGAGCUACUCACACAGCUACGUAUAUCCAGAGAGUGGUGUUGGGCGUGCUUUCUCAAGAGGAAAUGCUCGUCAAGAACUCAUGACUAUUGCCUCCGAACCUGCCAUGAACUAUGUUUUCGCCGUGAACAAUUUUGAUGCUCUCAAGGACAUCCAGAACAGUCUUCAGAGCAAAAUUUUUGCCAUAGAAGGCACUCAAUCCCAGAAUACUAGAAACAGCUCUCAAUCCUUCGAGUUAGAGUUGUCUCAGGAAGGAUUCAGUGCCUUACACACCCAGAGUGGCACCCUACUGGGGGCAGUUGGAGCCUACGAUUGGGCUGGGGGAUUCUUCCUUUUCAACAGCCAGGAUGAUGCGACUUUUAUCAAUAUCUCCAGUUCCACAAGUGAUUUGAAAUCUGCUUAUCUUGGUUACUCAAUUCAAGAAGUUCGACUCAACGGACAGAGCAGCUUCGUGGUGGGAGCCCCACGUUAUCAACACGUGGGCAAAGUCGUCUGGUUCAGCCAGAGGAGAAGACAGUGGAAGCCGAAGUCAGAGCUCUCUUUAGGGCAGUCCCCCCAGAUCGGCUCAUAUUUUGGGGCUUCCCUGUGUGCUGUGGAUUUGAACAGAGACGGAAAUACUGAUUUGAUCCUCAUUGGCGCCCCUAUGUACUAUGAUGGCAUUGCAGGAGGAAAGGUCUACGUUUGCGAAAGGCGGGGAGAAACAUUUUCCUGUAACGUGGAAUUGCAAGGGGAGCCCCAGCACCCAUUGGGCCGCUUUGGAACCAGCAUAACAGAAGCUGGGGAAAUUACUGGGGAUAGGUGGACAGAUGUUGCUGUUGGGGCACCGCUGGAGGAUGAGAAUCAAGGAGCUGUGUACAUCUUCCAGGGGACAAGUAGUUCCCUCAACCCUGUUUUUAGCCAGCGCAUCCCAGCGUCUGCCUUUGCCAGUAGGCUUCAAUAUUUUGGACAAGCUAUUGAUGGGGGGUCAGAAAUUACAGGAGACGGACUCCCAGAUCUGGCUGUUGGAGCUGAUGGACAAGUGCUGCUCCUAAGAGCCCGACCUGUGGUCAAUGUGGUGGUUGGAAUAACUUUUAACCCAACUAUGAUCCCCAUCUCUGCCUUUGAGUGUGGGGACCAGCAAAUGCUGAACAAGGAAAUCAGCACAGCAACAGUCAACUUUAAAAUCCAGGAAGAUUCCCGAUUUAAUUUCGGCAGUGACAUUUUGAGCACCAUUCGGUACACUUUGACCUUGGAUCCUGGCCGACAGAAAGUACGAGCCGUUUUUAACCAGGGUUCAGAGUUGUCUACCCUCACAGAAGAGAUGAAGAUUGGUGUGAGGCCAGAAUCCAGGCAGUACCGAAUAAAAUUACCGACUUGCAUAGAAGACAGCCUCACCCCCAUAAUCCUCCAGCUGAGUUAUACCUUGAUAGGAGAGCCCAUCCAACGUGCCAACAAUGUGCGGGCCAUCCUACAGAAAGACGCACCUGUUCUUAUUCCGGCAUCUCUGCCCUUUGAGAAGGACUGUGGAAAAGAUGGAAUCUGUAAAGACCAGUUAAAAACAUCCUUCAAUUUCUCAGGUUUGAACGAAUUGGUAGUUGGCCUAACCCUGGACCUCAAUGUUACUGUUUUCCUCCGGAAUGAUGGAGAGGAUUCUUAUAGCACCAACCUGACUUUCAUCUACCCAUCUUCACUGUCCUACCGCAGAUAUAUAUUAGUGCAGUCCAACAGAAAAUACGUGGUCAUUAAAUGCACCCCUUUUCCUGCUGCAGAAGGAUCUGUGAGGAAUACUACCUGUGGCAUCAAUCAGCCCAUCUUCCGGAGCAUGGCUGAGGUGAUCUUCAUUGUCAGCUUUUUCGUUUCCCAAGAUGCAAAUCUAGGAAGUAAGGUGCAGAUCAGUACCACAGCUACCAGUGAAAAUACGGUCGCUGUCACGAAGGACACGUUUCAUCAAAUGGAGCUGCCCGUCAAGUAUGCAAUCUACGUUUUCAUCAAUAGCUUGGAUGAAUCAACCAAGUAUGUUGAUUUUUCUGCCGGACAGGAAGAUGAAAUUCGGACUGUGGAACAUCGAUACGAGCUGAAGAACACGUAUCACCGGAAUGCUUCUGUUUCAGUAACAUUUCAUAUUCCUCUGUCGCUGAAUGGAAUUCAGAUUUGGAACCCAGUCUUCGACGUCCCUAAAGAGUUCCCCCAGAUCAUUUGUGCGCCUGAAACAAUUACUCCAGGAUCCAAGGAGUUUGUGAAGCAACUAAGAAAGCAACCUGUUUUGAACUGCUCUGUAGCCACCUGUAAAACUAUCAUUUGCAAUGUUUCAUCCUUGGAGCGCCAUCAACCUAUUGAGUUCAAGAUCAAGGGGAACAUUGGCUUAAAGUGGCUUUCACAGACCCAGCAGAAGAAGGUGACUUUAGGAAGCUCCGCCCAAGUUUCCUAUGACGAGAGCAAAUACAAGCAGAAAGAAGGAUUCGUGUGGGUCCAGGCAGCGACCAUUGUGGAGUUCCUGGAGCCCUACAACUACCUGCCCAUCAUUAUUGGCAGCUCUGUGGGUGGUCUGGUACUCCUUGUUUUGAUUAUUGCAGGGCUGUAUAAG